UUUUCCCAUCACUCCUAGUGACAGGACAAAUCGUUAGUUUCCGCGUUGCAGAGACGAGCAGCACUCAAACGUUCUUAAGUUCCCGGAAUUUCCUAAAGUAUCGUUGAGGUCAGAGAAUUAUUAUCAUCUGGUAAUUCCAGUUACACCCCCUCAAGUCUUCGGCCAACCGCAAAGUUGAAGCUCAAGGUUGCACUAUGUCAGGUCGUAGUUGCGUUCAGAGCCGUCAGCUGGCAGCUGCUGGCGGGUUGCGGGACAAAAGUUGUUCGGACGCGCACAAGAGGCGGGCUCUCAACUCGGUAGGGUUGGUGAGCGACCGCCCCCAGGCCAACAAACUCUAGGCAAAUUUUCCGGCAGUCCGUCAGUUGAACGUUGUUCGUGUGGAUCGUUGCCGCUCGCAGACGUUCGGGAACGACGAUCGGCGAUCGCCUGUGUUGUCUGUGUUGUUCGCAGACCGUUCGGUAAGUCUAGUGUAGAGGUGUUGAGGUUACGGUCGCUACAGUCUGCCACCGAGGGCUUUUUGCUGCUGGGCGAAUGCUCUCAUCGGUUGUCAUCCCAUGAGCGGCGGGCCUCGGCCUCCCGUGCCGGGUUUGAUCCCCCUGGCGGCCCUGUCCCGGCGCCCUGGGCGGCCCCGCCGACGGCCUGAGUCGAUCGAUGUGGGCGCGGGGUCACGUUGUCUGGAGUCGCGCGCCGCUGCCCCCGGCCGACGCCGCCACCACCGCCGCCGGGCCUCUGCCGCCGCUCCUGUUAGUAAACAGAGUCGCAGCUCAUCGCCCGCUCUAGAUCGACCACCGCGGGUUAACCCUAUUUUCGUGUGGGUCCGGCAAGAAGAUACUCGCAUCGUGGACGUGAAAUGCGAGGAUUACGACAAAAGAAAUCGAAUCUUAUUAACAAAAACUGCCCACGGUUGGCGCGCCAUCCCGCGUACCGAGAUGCUGGCCGCCCCUCGGGGGUCGGCUGAAGAGCCUCUAUCUUCGUCCUCCACUUCGUCAUCGCAUGGCCACCAUCAUCGCCAUCACCACAAGCGGCGCUCUCGCAAGUCAAAAAGCCAACAAUCCACUUCAGUACAAUGUCCAGAGACCGAGUCCGCCUCGGAACCAUCCUGGGUGACAUCGGAAAGUGUCAACAUUGAGUCUCUCCUACCGUCCCAUACCAUACAAAUCAAACGAAUACCAUCCUCGGAAGAUUUAACAAAAAGUGUAAACAAUGCUCCGGAGCAGGAUUUCGCGCGCACAGUUCCGGAGUGCAGCACGCCCGAUAAAGUAUGUGACGUCAGCCCGCUCGAGAACUUGCUCGCAGUGGCGGAGUUGGAAUUAAAGCAGCACAUGCAGUCUGGAAACUGGAAUCCCAUCCCUAAAGACAUUUCAAAAGACACAACUGGAACAACACUGCAGGGUCACAGUGUGGAUGAUGAAAUCAAUGAGCUGCUCAACACCAAAUCUCGGGAUAUCGAAGCGGAAUUAAUUGAUACUGGCGACAAAUCGCAAGAGUGCAGUUACAACGACGACGACGAAAUGUCCAUGAACGACAUUUUGUCACGGUUGGAACAGUCUCUCCAAAGCCCGCAGGGAUUCGGCUCAGAAGACGUCUUUGACGACGACAUGCUCGACCACAACUGCAAAUUUGAUAAGAACUUUACCCUUUCUGACGAAACUAGCAAAACUGUCAGGGAUCAGAGCGAAGAAACAGAUCAAAUUCCUGAAUCAUCCAAUACCUACAGUGUCGACGCUGCAAAGAAUUACUCAGAAAAUAAUGCAAUCGAUUAUCACGCAGAGAUGUAUCCAAGCGAAGCAACCACAUCAGAAAUAUUAGAUCCAGUUGAAUCCUUACAACCCCCAACCCCGAGGCAAGAUGAAAUAAGAAACGAAUAUCUGGAAGACCUCCAGCAGGCUGAACAUAAGGAGGAAAACCUGCCAGAUAUUCACGACUCCAAAUCUCAGGAAUAUGAGGAUAAAAACAGCGAAUCCUCCAAGGACCUGCCCGAAGACCACGCUCCCUUAGAGCUGGAAGAUGAAAAACCUACACAUCAACCCCCAGAAACCAACUUUGAACCACUUGAGGCCGAAGAAAUCACAAGCGAGGUCGCAGAAGCAGCAUCCUCGACCACCCAGGAAAAAGACCAGUUAGUUUCCAACGAUAAAGAAUUAACUGAUACUGCCAUUUGCUUGGAUUUGUCUCUGAAGAAUAAACCCUCCGACUACGGUCCAACAGAUCUUUCGAUUCGUAAAUUCGACUCCUCUCCAAAAUGCCAACCACCACGUCCAUUGUCACAGAAUUCAGAAGCGAUCCAAUCGCCACAGCCCAGUGGGAUUCCUGCUGUUCCAGCCUCGCCAGAUAUUGUCACCACAAGUACCUCAAUCUCAAAACCAAGAUCCGUUUUCUUAGAAUCGCUUUUGGCCACAUCCCUAAGCAAAAUGGCGGCUGCUGCUAAUGCCGAAAAUGUUUCACGCAAAUCAAAGGAACCGUUGGAUUUGGGACAAUGUCGUAAAUCUGCGAGCCCUACAGUUACAUGCUCCGAAGAAAUUUUUACACCGUCAGAUGCAGAGCCGCCAUUAAAAAAAAUGAAGCCUGACGAUAUCACAUUGAAGAAUCUGCUGGAUAAAGACAUCGAGACGUUGGAGCAAAACGCGAAGAAAACGUCGCAGAAAGACACUUUUAUUCUUCCGGAUACUCCAAGGUUGCUGAGUUUACUCAAGGCAUCGAGUGAUACGCAGGAUCCAUUAGCGGAAUACAAACAACUGCUGUUGGAAAUCGAUAUUCCAAAUCCGCUGAUGGUCCCCAAAGAUGUUUUCCCUGAUCUGUUGCAGCACCCUCGAAGAGAAAUUUUGAAAAUUCUUAGCGGCCAUUCCAGUAAAAACGUUUCUCUGGAUGACAUUCUGGUAGUGUAUAAAGACAAGCUUUUAGCGGCCAUAAAAAGCAACUCGAGCAGCACCAAAAAGAAUUCAGAAAACAUCAAGCCAUCACAUAAGCAGUCCGGAGGGAAUAAAAAUGUUGAGCAAAAUAACAAUGUUAACGAGAAAAACUUUACUGGAGAUAAUGGAAAUAAAAAGAAGACUGCUGACAACUUCAACAAAAAUAACUCAGCUUCUCCAGAUAAUAAAAAUUCUCUCGCAAACGAUAUUGAUGCAGCCAACGAAGCGGCUUUCAAUCCAUUGUUCUGGACUGGAUGCCCUAAUCCCUUUGAAGCUAUGAAUUACUCAAAUCACAAUGAGUUUAUUCAAGCUUUAUACGCUGCUUCUUCUUUGCCAUAUAUGCCUGGACAACUGGGGGAGUUCCAUCCCAGCAUACAAAUGAUGCUGGGCAAUAAACUAGCUGCACCGCUCGGAUUUCCACCAGUCCCGCACAUGGGAUUUAACAAUCCGUUUGAAUUAUCCAUGUGGCAAGAAGCAAUGAUGCAAGCCAACAUUUUAAAGAAUAAGAAUCCCUAUGAGAAUGCUCCGAUAAAUCCACAACCGCAUCGGAGCAACUUGCCGAAAAAGAACCAAAGUCAGCAAAAUAAAUACAACGCACGUCUGGCUAAUGGACAUUCCAAAAACAUAUCACAGUCACAUCAAUCGCAGCAGCAGGGGAUGAUACACCCAGCAUUUAGUCAAACGCCUUUAACAAAUCAGUCGCCUUGGCAGAACCCAUAUUUAGCAGUGGGCAACUUUCCCCAAGGAAGCAACAGUCUUUCACUGGAUACAACACAGUUCAAUCCAUUUAGCCAUAAGAACAACAUAAGUCCGGCUAACAAACAGAGCCAGCAACUAAGUCCACCUAUAAUGCAAAAGAAAACCAGGGAAAGUCUAAUGCUUUCUCAGUACAACGAUCAAGAAAAACGAUUGCACCAUCAGAUGAUGCAGGAGCACCAGAAAAUCCAGCAGAUGCAACAGCAGCAGAAGCUGAUCAGGCAGCACCAACACCAGCAGCUUUUGCACCAGCAACAGCAGCAAAUGUUAGCACAGAAUAAUGGGGCACGACAUUUACCACCACAUAUGACUAAAAAGCCCAAUUCCCUAAACUCCUUUCAUUUUCCCAAAGAGUGCUCCUCUGCGGAAGUGCAGAAACAGGCUGGUGUAUCAGUUCCAAUGGAUCUAUCUGGUGCUCACAGCAUACAAGCGAAAUCCAAAUCGGUUAUGGCUGGCAGCGGAAAGACAAAUGGAAUGGUCUCUUCAUCGAGAAAUCAUAUGGAGGAUGUGCCGGAAGUUGGAAGUACAACGAGCAGCAUUGAGGAUAUGCAAGAUGGCCACGCCCAGUUAUGGCAUCCAUUAUUUGGCAGUCAAAACAAAGGCUACAGUCCUUGGAGUCUUCCUUCCCUGGCUGCUAUGGGUGAAUAACAUAGGUUUCAGCCUCCAAAAGGAACGUUUUGGAGGAACAAUCAGCAACAGCUCUCCAGGAAUAGCAGCCUAGAGCCACCAUUCACAGGGUUCGAUUUUGAAUCAUUGUUUUCUAAGUAAAACUGCAACGAAAGAAAGGGAUGAAAUGAUUGCAGAGCACCAACAUCGGCUUCCUCAAAUCCAAAAACCCCCAUCAUUCGAUCAUCGUAAGUAACUAUUCCCAAAAGCACUUCUUAUGAUUCAUCUGUCUUUCUCUGAAGAUGUCGGACCUGAAUACAGCCAAGAGUAUACUAAAUUAUACAUAGAGCUCUAGACUAACCUAUUUUUACAACCACGUUUAGUAUAAAUAUUCGAUACACAAUAAUAAUAUAAACUAUGUAGUUGUAUUUGGACGUUUGAUAUACUUGAAAUAAACUCAAUGUUUAUUCGGCAACAUUGUCUCUGUAUUUUUCCAGCAACCGGCCUCAAUAAUGGAUGAGUUGCAUUUUGGAUGUGUUGAUUUCCAUCCGUUUUCAUCAAAAUAUUUAUUUCAAGUAUAGAUUUAAAAAAAACUGACAUUCCACGCUUAAAAAAAUGUUCCUGAUGUAUAAAGUGAAUGUAUCUUAAACACUGUGAACAAACGUUUGUAAAUAGUUACUGUCGUAAUUUAGAGUUUGGCUAUAAACUACUGUAAAUAAAAACUGUAAAAAUGUUAGGUUGUUCAUAGUUACUUGUAAAGAUUGUAGCAAAUUAAACUUUAACUGAUAAAUAAUGCAUUUUGCUACACUGUAUUUAACCAUUAAACGUUCAGGAAGUAUUAAUAUUAAAAAACUAGUAAUUUGCUAUAAUCUCCGACUAUUUUGCCACUAGGGCGUCAAUGUAUUUUAUCUACAUUUUCAAUAUGAAAUUCAUUUUAAAUACAAAUUUUCAGUGCAAUACUUUUGUUAUUUGGUGAUUUUCUGUUAAGUUUCAGUUAUAACUGUGCAUGUUUAUGAACUAUUUUCUUGUACAUUCUUCAAGAAACUGAUGGAUAAAUUCUAUGAAUUUUGAAUCCUGUACAACUUGAUUAUUCCAAUUCAUUGAUCGAGGUAUGAAUGAAUCGCAUAUACCAUGAGAAAUUUAUGAUUUAAUUUACAUGGACUUUCAGUCUACCCGGUUGUUUUAUUAAACAUCGAAAAAUACUUCACGAUGGUACCUUUAUCCAUAACAAAUAUUGGAUGUUAAAAUAUACGAUUCACUCAUAUCUAAUUGCAAAUAUAUACCAAACUUCUCGUUUGGCUUUAAAUGUUUAAUAGGUAGCUAAAUUGUUCUUUAGGGUACUUUUCUAUGAUACUGUUGUUGAAAAUAAUGAAAUUUUUACUAUUAAAAUUUACCAAUUAGAUUUGCAAAGCGAUUUUUGCUAUUUUUCAAAGCUUCGUUGGCACAGUAAAUCUCAUAACUAUUUCUAACUUGAAAAUUAAAUAAUAGCGAUUAACGGAAACAAGAAGCGCGAAAAAAUAUAUUGGUCGCACAAAUAAACUAUAUUUUAUGAAUGGAAACAUUUGUUUCUUAUUUUGUGAAUGUCAUUUGGCUAUCGAUGUGAUGUAAUAUAAGUCUUGUUUUUUGAUGUUACUUGUUUCUGAUUACAUAUAUCAAUUCGUACAAUGUCUUUAUAUGUAUCUGUAAAGGAAAAUUUUUCCUCGUUGACAUACUAAUUAUUUUGUUCGCAAUUCAAUAAAUAUUCAUUGUGAUGGCAUAUAAUAAAUAAUUAAUAUAAAAAAAAUUAUAAAAAUCUGAUUGAAUUUCCCAAACAUUUUCAAUUCAGGUGCAAAUGAAUUUACUGUGCGAUAGCUACUUAUGUUGUUUAAUUAUGCUAAUCAAAACUGAAUGACCCAAACUUACUGUUCUGAAUAAAAAAUAUUAAACGAUA